GUAUCGACAUUUGUGACGGCAUUUCACGAAUCGAUAUUCCUGUACGCCUUAGCCCUCAACGAGACAAUAGCUGAAGGUAUUACCGGUAAUGUAAGCAUCGACGAGAACGGCGACCGGAGUGUCGACUACUCCCUACUCAAUAUGGACCCAAACACCGGCAACUAUGAGGUGGUGUCCAACUAUUUCGGUGUGAGUCGACAGUUCAUAGAUGUGCCCAAUCGGGUCAUCUAUUGGGCCGGCGGUCUGACGGGUCCGCCGCCCGACACUCCCGUCUGCGGCUUUGAGGACGAGCGGUGCGCCGACGACGUGGCCUCGCAGUACGCCAUUGUGUCCGGCAUAUUGUCCGGCCUAUUGCUGGUGCUGUUCGUCGUCUUCAUUAUAGUGUAUCGACACUACAAACUAGAGGCAGAGUUGGCGUCCAUGACUUGGAAGAUCCGUUACGACGAUAUCAUCACACACUCUGGCAUUAGUAACCGUCAAGGAUUUGGCUCUCGGAUGAGUUUAACUAGAACAUCGAUAUCAUCGGACACUUUGCCAUUGGUUGACACAAACAAUUCGUGUCAGAUCUUUGCCCGAACGGGUCUUUACAAAGGCAUAGUAGUGGCCAUCAAACCCAUUGACAAACUACGGGUCGAUAUCACCAGAUCUCUACUCAUUGAACUCAAACAUAUGAAAGACCUGCAGCACAACCAUGUGGUGCGCUUUCUGGGCGCGUGUCUGGACCCACCCAACUGUUGUAUAGUCACCGAGUAUUGUCCGAAAGGGUCGCUGCAGGACAUACUGGAAAACGACGAGAUCAAACUGGACUGGAUGUUCAGGUACUCACUUAUGCACGACAUAAUCAAAGGCAUGGCAUACGUGCACAGCAGCGAAAUGCAUGUUCACGGAAACCUCAAGUCCUCCAACUGUGUGGUCGACUCCCGGUUUGUCUUAAAAGUGACCGAUUUUGGUCUCCAAACGCUAAGAAAGUGUGACAUCGAUUCCGAGUCAUACGCCUACUGGAGAAAAAAGCUAUGGACAGCACCAGAACUGCUCCGAACGAAAGAACAUUAUCCGAAACCGACUCAAAAAGGUGAUGUCUAUAGCUUUGCCAUAAUUGCUCACGAGAUAGUCUUACGUCAGGGACCCUUCUAUUGUGGCCCUCAUUGCGAUCUCAGUCCUCGAGAAAUCAUUGAGAGUGUCUGCGAGGAUGGCUUUCGACCGCUUCUCGAGGACACGAUGGCUGACGAGGAGAUACUGGCGAUGAUUAUGAAAAGCUGGUCUGAGGACGUCAUCGAGAGGCCUGACUUUGUGUCUCUGCAAUCAAUUAUGAGAAAAGUCAAUAAAGCCAACGAAAGCAGCAAUAUUUUGGACAAUCUAUUGUCUCGUAUGGAACAAUACGCCAAUAAUCUCGAGUCUUUAGUACAGGAAAGGACUUCCGAUUACUUGGAAGAGAAACGUAAGGCCGAAGAUCUGCUCUACCAAUUGCUCCCUAAAUCUGUCGCGAGUCAACUAAUCCGAGGCGAGUCUGUGAGGGCGGAGGCGUACGACAGCGUCACCAUAUAUUUCAGUGAUAUCGUCGGCUUUACUACACUAUCGGCCGCCUCUACACCAAUGCAGGUCGUGGACCUAUUGAACGACUUGUACACCACGUUUGACUCGACGAUCGAGAGUUUCGACGUGUAUAAAGUGGAGACAAUAGGGGACGCAUAUAUGGUGGUGUCGGGAAUCCCGGUCCGCAACGGUCUCCGACACGCGCGAGAGAUCGCACGGAUGGCCCUCUCGUUGCUCAACGCCGUCACCUCAUUCAAGAUCAGACACCGGCCUAACGAGCAGUUAAUGCUGCGAAUAGGCCUGCAUUCGGGGUCAUGUGUGGCCGGAGUGGUCGGCCUCAAAAUGCCCCGCUAUUGCCUCUUCGGCGAUACAGUGAAUACGGCGUCCAGAAUGGAGUCAAACGGAGCGCGUGUGUAUUUUUCAAUUGAUUGA